AUGUGUUUUUGUUUCGGAUUUUAUGGUGGGAGGAAGAAAGAUAAGGAAUCGGUGUCACUAAACAAAUCUUCUUUAGAAGGUGGAGACGGAGGUGGUGUUGGUGGGAACCAUACUACCGGUGGUCAUGAAGUCGGAGGCACAGCAGUCGUAGUGGCAAGCGCAGCACAUGUGUCUGAUCCUAGUGGUGGUGGAAGUGGAAGUUCUCAUGGUGGCCAUGGUGGUGGUGGAUAUGCCGGUGGUGACGGUGGUGGUGGUGGCAUUUGA